GACAUGACUGGUGAAAUCAGAGCGCGAGCUCAAGCGCGAGCUCGACCAAAGUGCAAAAGUGCCCACAAGAUGCCAUCACAGGUUGCCUCCUGUGUGUGGGGUUGUCGGCUCUUCACAAAGAUAUUGACCUAAGAGCGUACUCAUAUAUAGUGCUGUUGCCAUCCGGCCUGUUGUACAUCGGGCAUUUCCCAAUACUCAUCCAUCAGCCAGCAGCAGCUCAAUAUCAUCCCAGUGUCACAAAGGCUCCGACCUCAUCCGAGUAGUAUACCACACACAGUCUUCUCGUCUUGCACCUCCCCGGCCUCGACAGCACAGCACACAAUGUUCUUCCCCGAAUACGACCUGGCCAUAGCCGAGCUCGUCAUCUACAUCAUCCUCCUCUUCGUCAUCGGCUACGUCCUCCUCCGCCAUGGUCGCCCAGGCUGGGACGCAUGGGGCUUCCUGGCCGUCUUCUGCAUUCUGCGCAUCGUGGCUGCGGGCUACCAGCUGAGCGACCAGCAGGGCAUCUCGACCACGGGCGCCAUCAUCAAUGCAAUUGGCGUCUCUGGCUUACUGCUCGGCUGCUCAGGUGUUGUUCUGGAAUGUGCCAACUGCAACCCGUCCAAUAACCCAAAGAUCACCCGCAUGGUCGGUCUGAUCUUCCACAUCGCCGUGGUCGCCGGCAUCGUCCUCGCCGCCAUCGGCGCCUCCGACUCGGCCACGGCGCUCAGCAAGGGCCAGCCGCCGCCCUCGGACGCCAGGGCCAAGCAAGUCGGCGGCUACGUCCUGCUGCUCCUCGCCACCGCCUUCCUCACCCUGUACACCUUCUUCCAGCUCAUCCGCCUGCGCACCGCCGACGCCGCCUACACUGAUCACUCUGGCCACGGUGGUAGUGGCUCAGCAGUCGUGUUCGCCAAGCGGCUCCUAUACUUUGUCGUCCUGGCCCUCCCCUUCAUCAUCGUCCGCGUGCUGUACGGCCUGGUCGCGGCCGCCAGCCAGGACCGCUCGCUCAGCCUGUUCUACGGUGACUUCGUCGUGCACCUGGUCCUCAUCACCAUCGUGCAGCUCAUCGCCGUGCUGUUCCUCGUCGCCGGCGGGCUCUCGUCCAUCGGCAUGUACCAGGUCGCCCCGUCGCGGCCGUCGCGGAGACAGCAACAGCAGCAGCAGGAGCAGGAGCAGGAGCCAAUGAGAUAUGGGCACGAGGAUAACGGCCUGGAGAUGGGCAGUUAUGGAUCAUCGCCCAUGCUGCGGCAACACAAGGGCGAGAGGCGGCCGAGGGACCAAGUUCGUGCGGACCGGCGCGAGCAGCGUGGUGCUCGUCGCGAGGAGAAACGAGCACGCCGUCACUGAGGGGGUCUCUCUCUGAGCGCAUACGGUGGGAAUACCGGGCUAUGUGCACAGCCGCGGGAUGUGGGGGUUUUCUGAAUGUGUACGGUAUCUCUCUGGAGGAGGUUGGGGGAUAUUUCAUCGACUUGGGUCGUUAUUAUAUGCCUAUCGGUAUCAAAUGUGCAGUAUAGAUCUUGUUUUGGUAAAUUUGUCUAGAAUAGUCAGGGUUAACACAACCACACCCCGCUGUAUCUCUCAGAGCUUUUCUGCUGAUGAAGUUGAGGGUUUUAGAAGAAACAUAGCUUAUUGUGUAACUAGAAUAUGACAGGUGC